GCUGGAAUUGUUUGUCAAAAAGAUGAGGUCGCCGCCACUGACACGUUCUCAGGCCAAGAGAGUGAGCCAGAGGCGAUUGCGCAGGCGAGGCUCUCUUUAGAAUUGAAAUUGGUUCCGCUGCUUUCUUCUUCUUCUUCUUCAACACUCUUACAGAAACCCUAGCCAGAUAUAGAAAACAGUGAUGGGCAACUUGUUCGACAAGGAACCGCCACCGCCAAUGGUGCUCGUUCCUCCACUCUUCGAUUUUCCUCCUCUCGCUGCUCGUACCAGGAUGUUGGAGUCUUCGUAUAAUUUGUUAUUUGGGAAGCUUGCUUUGAAAUGCCUUUUCGAUGAUUAUUUUGAAGAAGCUCAACAUUUCAGGACAAUGAUAAUGCUAAAGCCAAUCGAUGACCCCCAUGUUGAUUUGGUUGCUACUGUUUCAGGUCCGUUAGAUCACAAACCUGAGAAGAAUAUUGCUGGCAAUGCAGUUUUCCGCUGGCAACGGGAUAUUGAUGACCCUCAUACAUUUGUUGAUCUUUUCGUGUCGAGCUCUGAUCCGGUUUUGCAAAUGAGAUCAUGCCUUUUCGACUCCAAACUUGGAAUUGGAGGAUUUGGCGUUUUCCCUUUGCUAAUGAGGAAAAGAGUAUCUUCCCAAGACUAUGGUGUUGUGGGGUUGAGAUAUGGUUCAAGAAGCAUAUCUUUUGGAGCCACAUGCAUGCCUUUCUCCUUGAGAGAUGAAUUUCCAAAAAGCGCAUGGCUCGUGAGCAGAGUGGGAAGGGUAAUUGCUGGACUGCAGUAUGAGCCAGUCUAUGGAAGCAAAGAUGGUGCAAAGUUUAGAAAUUUGAAGAAUUGGAGUGGGGCAAUUGGCUAUGGAGCGGGAUCAGGCAGUCCUCUAAGUCCAUCAUUCCAUUUUUGUCUUGAACUCGCUAAAAGUUCCCAGUUUAUUGCAUCAUUCUAUCAACACGUCGUAGUCCAAAGACGGGUGAAGAACCCUCUUGAAGAAAAUGAAGUAGUUGGAAUUACAAAUUAUAUUGAUUUCGGUUUUGAACUGCAGACAAGCAUUGACAGUGUCGAAACAUCAAACAAGAUACACAAUUCUACCUUUCAAAUUGGUGCAUCUUGGCAAGCCAAUAAAAACUUCAUGUUGAAGGGAAAGGUGGGUCCUCUCAGUUCAUCAGGGACAUGUGCAUUUAAAUCAUGGUGGAAACCUUCUUUCACAUUGAGUAUUUCAGCUACAAGAGACCACACUGUUGGAAAUACAGCAUAUGGUUUUGGUUUACGUGUUGAGCACCUCAGAGAAGCCAGUUACCAAAGAGCUGAUCCAAAUUUUGUGAUGCUGACACCAAAUAAAGAGCACCUUGCAGAAGGCAUAGUUUGGGAAAUUGGCAAAAGACCAAUGCUUGAAUCAGACGUAAAUGCUGGAAACUUUGAUGCUGUUCCUAGGGAGUUAAGACCCUUAGGAAAUGUAUUGUAAAUAGUGUCUUUGUACCCACCUGGAAUCUUGACAAACCUUUUUCUCAAUUUGGUGGGCUAAAUUAUAGAACAAUAAUGGGAUUAAUUAGUGGCUUGUGGCGAGCCUUCUAUCACACCA